AUGUUGUACGGAAGAGGGUGGCAAGCACGGGCGCCGCCAUGUUGUACGGAAGAGGGUGGCAAGUACGGGCGCCGCCAUGUUGUACGGAAGAGGGUGGCAAGCACGGGCGCCGCCAUUUUGAACCGAAAGCAGCACCCCGAUGCAUCCAAGCGCCGGGAAUGGAGGCGGAAUACCGUGCCAAGAGCGCGGGGUCGGUCGGCGUCCACCGCUGCCAGCGUCGGUCUGUGUUCCCUCCCGGCUCCCCUCCCGCCCGGGGAAACGGAGGAAAACACAAAUAACAUCGAGGAAGAAAGAACAGCCUGCAGAGCUGCCCGAGCCAUCGCCCUGCCCGCAGCCGGGAGCAGCCAGCAGGAGGAGGCAGCUGCUUUCUCAGCCAGAAAGAGAUUCAGCUGUGGGGAAGCUGCAGAGAAGGCUGCCUGGCACAGCCCCCAGAAUGGGCCUCCCCCGACUGGGCUCCCGCAGAGGAUGGGGCAGUUGCAGCCCCCUGUCAUUCCUGUGAGAUUUGAGAUCUGUGCUGAGGGUUGGCAGCUCCUGCUGGGGCAAGAGCUGCAUCUUCCAAGAGGCAAAGCUGCAGCAUCUUCCUCCCCAGGGACUGUCUCCAUGCAGGAAGCAGCACAGGGGACUGGCCGAAGGGCUCGGGCUGGGACACGGCCCCAACAGGAGCAGCCCUGGCACACUGACACGGGAGGAUGAGCCCAGGUGAGGAGCACGGGCCCAGCGUGGCACCAAGACAGGCAUCUCCUGUGGGUUAUGUGGGGCUGUGCUGUGCACCCUGGGGGUGCUGACUGACCCCCUUUGUGCCGAGACAGAGGAGAUGCUGCUGCACCACGUCCCCAGGAGAGCCCCUGCCUCCUUCUGCUCUCAGGGAUGGGACUGGGAGACGCCUCCACGCCGAGAGUGGCACUUGGCAUGGCUUCAGUCCCCAGUGGAAGAGGCUGGGCUCCCCGCUGCCCAGAGCUCCUGGUUAGGGACACCCACGCCUGCGCCUGGCUCAGAGUCCAGGGUGCACUCAGUCCGGAUCCA